AUGACCCCUCACCCCCGACCAUCACUCCUCACCCCCGACCAUCACCCCUCACCCCGACAAUCACUCCUCAUCCCCGACCAUCACCCCUCACCCCCAACCAUCACCCCCGACCAUCACCCCCGGCCAUCAGUCCUCACCCCCGACCGUCAACCCUCACCUACAACCAUCACCCCCGACCAUAACCCCCGACAAUCACCCCUCACCCCCGACCAUCUCCCCUCACCCCCGAUCAUCACCCCUCACCCCCAACCAUCACCCCUCAUCCCUAACCAUCACUCCUCACCCCCGAUCAUCACCCCUCACCCCCGACCAUCACUCCUCACCCCCGACCAUCACCCCUCACCCCCGACCAUCACCCCUCACCCCGACAAUCACUCCUCAUCCCCGACCAUCACCCCUCACCCCCAACCAUCACCCCCGACCAUCACCCCCGUCACCCCUCACCCCCGACCAUCUCCCCUCACCCCCGAUCAUCACCCCUCACCACCAACCAUCACCCCUUACCCCCAACCAUCACCCCUCAUCCCUAACCAUCACUCCUCACCCCCGACCAUCACCCCUCACCCCCAACCAUCACCCCUCACCCCCGACCAUCACUCCUCACCCCCGACCAUCACUCCUCACCUCCGACCAUCACCCCUUACCCCCAACCAUCACCCCUCACCCCCAACCAUCAACCCUCACCCCCGACCAUCACCCCUUACCCCCAACCAUCACCCCUCACCCCCAACCAUCACCCCUCACCCCCGGCCAUCAGUCCUCACCCCCGACCAUCAACCCUCACCCACAACCAUCACCCACGACCAUAACCCCCGACAAUCACCCCUCACCCCCGACCAUCUCCCCUCACCCCCGAUCAUCACCCCUCACCACCAACCAUCACCCCUUACCCCCAACCAUCAUACCUCAUCCCUAACCAUCACUCCUCACCCCCGACCAUCACCCCUCACCCCCAACCAUCACCCCUCACCCCCGACCAUCACUCCUCACCCCCGACCAUCACCCCUCACCCCCAACCAUCACCCCUCACCCCCAACCAUCACUCCUCACCCCCGACCAUCACCCCUCACCCCCAACCAUCACUCCUCACCCCCGACCAUCACUCCUCACCCCCGACCAUCACCCCUCAUCCCCAACCAUCACCCCUCACCCCCAACCAUCACUCCUCACCCCCAACCAUCACCCCUCACCCCCAACCAUCACCCCUCACCCCCAACCAUCACCCCUCACCCCCAACCAUCACUCCUCACCCCCGACUAUCACCCCUCACCCCCGAUCAUCACCCCUCACCCCCAACCAUCACUCCUCACCCCCAACCAUCACCCCUCAUCCCCGAUCAUCACCCCUCACCCCCGACCAUCACUCCUCACCCCCGACCAUCACCCCUCACCCCCGACCAUCACCCCUCACCCCCGACCAUCACCCCCGACUAUCACCCCCGACCAUCACCCGUCUCCCCCAACCAUCACCCGUCACCCCCAACCAUCACCCCUAAUCCCCAACCAUCACCUGUCACCCCCAACCAUCACCCCCGACCAUCACCCCCGGCCAUCACCCCCGACCAUCACCCCCGGCCAUCACUCCUCACCCCCGACCAUCACUCCUCACCCCCAACCAUCACCCCUCACCGCCGACCAUUACCCCUCGUCCCCAACCAUCACCCCCGACCAUCACCCCCGGCCAUCACUCCUCACCCCCGACCAUCACCCCCGGCCAUCACUCCUCACCCCCGACCAUCACCUCCGGGCAUCACUCCUCACCCCCAGCCAUCAACCCCAACCAUCACCCCCAGGUAUCCCUCUGAUGUCCCAGAUCUGUCGACGACCUCAGAUUCAGUUCAAUAUACCCGUGGCUACGCCUAGGCCACGUUUCCACAAACCACCGUAG